AUGUCUCCUCCAGCUUACUCCGAUAUCCAAAAGUCUUCUAACGAUUUACUCAACAAGGACUUCUUCCACUUAGCCACCGCUGCUAUUGACGUCAAGUCCACCGCCCCAAACGGUGUUGCCUUCACUGUCAAGGGUAAGACCGCCAAGGACAACUCAAUUGCUGCCAAUGUUGAAGCUAAGUACGCUGACAAGGCCUCUGGUUUGACCUUGACCCAAGGUUGGAACAACGCCAACGUCUUGGACACCAAGAUUGAAUUGUCUGAGUUAUUGACCCCAGGUCUUAAGUCCGAAUUGAUCACCUCUGUCAUUCCAAACGGAGCCAGAAACGCCAAGUUGAACUUCUUCUACCAACAAAACGCCGUCAACGCCAGAUUAUUCUUCGACUUGUUGAAGGGUCCAAAUGCCAUUGCUGACUUAGCCGUUGGCCACGAUGGUUUCACCGCUGGUGCCGAAUUAGGUUACGACAUCUCCUCCGCCAAGGUCAACAGAUACUCUCUUGGUGUUGGUUACGCCAAGCCAUUGUACACCGUUGCUGCCACCGCCACCAACAACUUGACUGUCUUCUCUGCUGCCUACUACCACAAGGUUUCUCCAUUAGUUGAAGCUGGUGCCAAGGCUACUUGGGACUCCGUCAAGUCUAACGCUGUUGGUGUUGAAUUCGCUACCAAGUACAAGUUGGACUCUACUGCCUUCGUCAAGGCUAAGAUUGCUGACUCUGGUUUAACCGCUUUAGCUUACUCCCAAGAAUUGAGACCUGGUGUUAAGUUAGGUCUUGGUGCCUCUUUCGAUGCCUUGAAGUUAGCUGAACCUGUCCACAAGUUAGGUUUCUCCUUGUCAUUCACUGCUUAA